GAACAGCAGUCGAAGCUCUCCUCUGCGGAUCCUUCGUUCUACAAGCGUCGAUAUGGCCGCAGUACUUGGCCGCUGCGGGAUGAUCACACGUGGUACUGCGCAGCGCUGAUAAAGACUGACGAGGUCAGGCCUGGACUAACCAAGGACGGCCUGUCUCUCCCAUCCACCACCAUGAUCCUCAAAGACGCAAAGGAGGUCAUUUCGCCGGAUGUCGUGGUGAAUCGCGCUGAGGUCGAUGACGCUCCACCCGCAUACGCCCAAUCCCCCGGUCUCUCUCCUGCAACCACCCCCUCUGACGCCAAGUCCCAGGAUGCGGGCGCGACAGAUCCUCCUCUGCCGCCUACGCCAGGCGCUCCGACUCUGCCGACAGACAUCCGCCCGACGAACUUCCUCACCCUCUCCCGCAGCAACGACUCGAUCAGCGGCUCCUUCGUCAUCGACCCGCGCAUCAAGAUCCCCACAGCGCAUCUUCCACCACUGGGCCCCGGUGAGACGGAAGAGACGCGGCGGAAUGCGUCCUUCCAAAGUGCGAACGGCUCUGUCAAGGUCGACCUCUUCGUUUUGGGAGACGACACCGUCGAACGACCAGUGCUCCUCUUCGUCAAAUCGAAGAACGGCCCUGUGCAUGCCAAACUGCACGCAGCCGACGCUGCUCGUCCACCAAUCCAACUGACUGCGCAGUCAUCCAACGGCCCCGUCCACGUCCAUUUCCCCCGCUCCUUCAACGGUCUCCUGACCGUCGUGACGCGCAACGGCUCGGUCAAGCCCUCGGCGCUCCUGACGAGCGAACUGACGACCUUCAGCGAGACGAACGGCGUGCGCAAGUAUUUCGUCGGCGACUUCUCGGGCUACACGGACGCAGAGGGCUGGCGGGGGGACGAGGCGCAUGUCGAGACUUCCAAUGGCAGCGUGACCCUCCGGUUCGACCACGAGCCGCCGCCUCCGGUUCCAGAGGGGAAGGGGAAGGGGUUCUUCGCCAAGCUGUCGUGGGGUUUCUGAAGCUGUACACCUCCCAUAUCGAUCUUUCGCUUUCAUUUGUAUACAUGGCUUGUACACUAGGCAGUGAUCAUCCCAGAAUUGUUCACAAGCAGCGGUCAGUGUGGAGGAAAG